AGAAUAUGUCUGAAUAACAAGAAGUUGUUUUAAGUUCAGAUUGAGCGUGCACUGCCAUUUUGCUUGGAAAACUGCAGUUUGAAAAGGUUUUGUUCAAAAGGUUUGGCACUGCAGUCCACUGAAGUGCUAACCUCUCGCAACAUAUAUGAGGAGGAGAAGGAAGGAAGUGAAGCUGAAGUGGGGCCAAUAAAUGAAAACAUCAAGCUGAUCAGUAGCCUAGAUCUUUCCAGCAUCUGUAGUAAUGGCAACAUGAAAUCUCUCCAUAAUGGAUGGGCAAAUGCAAACAUCUUGUUAUCUGUAGAUAAUACAGAAUCCAGAAUGUUCCAUAAUUCAUCACAUCAGAAGAUAGAUAAUGGUUACUGUGACCAAGGUAACAACAAUGAGCAGGAAAUGGGAGAUAAUAAAUUGAGUCCUUCAAAAAUCAUGCAUUUUUUCUCAAAUCCUAAGAAAAACUUUAAUUGUAAUUCCGAUAGUAGACCCCGUUCUAUGAUAUUGAUGGGAAAUUCUCCCACUUGGAAUGCUUUGACAUCUUUAAGGAAAAUGGGUUCUUUCAAAAAACUCAAGUCCUCAGUAUUUCAAGGAAUUCAAGCCAGAGGAAACACUGAAGUUAUAAAUGUGGCAAAUAUUGAAGUUAUAAAUGUGGCAAAUAUUGAAAAUGUGCACAAACAUGUACAAAAUGGCCAUGCUGUACAAAUGCAGGACCGGUGUUCUUACGCAGACACUUUACAGGAUUUGUGUAGUUCUGUGGAGGACAUAGCUUCUGAUGGCUCAGAAACUGAAGACGUUGAUGAAGCUUUUUUGCGCAACACCCACCGAUCACGGAGCAUUAGACGUGCUUACAGGGUUGGACGGAUAAACUUAUUGGAUUGUGAUAAAUCCCCAAUUCAAGAGGACUCUACCAGGGUUGUGUUCUGUGGGGCCCAAGGAUCAAACAUUAGUAAUCCAAUAGUAGCAGACUGUGAAAACCGCAAAGCUAUCUACAGGAGAAGCAAAAGCACCGACAAUUUAAGCUUUUUCAAGAAAAGUUCCUUUAAAAGGAAAUCAACCUCCCACCUCACAGAGUUCAAAAUCACCAAUGAAAAUGAAAGACUACAACGAACAGCAAGCACUUCAUCAGCAGAUGAAAAAGUGAAUGGCAACACCGAAAGGCGAUCAAAACGCUGGAGGAGUCCAAUCAGGGCUAAAGAUUUUGACAGAAUGCUGAGACUCGUGAAUAAUGCUGCAGAUGUUGCAAGGAGGCGAGAGAGUCAAUCAAAGGAAAAUUCACCUUCACAUGAAAAAAGUAAUCAAGCUCGACCCAACAGCAGGCUACAUGAUGAUUAUUCUCGAAGAGUUUCUAGCAGUGCUGACAGUGAAAGACACAAAUUUGCCUCACCCAACUGGAAUGAACCUUCAUCCUUUCCUGCAUCCCCCAAUUCAUUCAUCCCCGCAAAUACUCAGACUGCUGCUAUGCAGUUGGAAAAAUCGUUACCUUCACCAGAGCUUAAAACCAGUAGGUCUUCCCAAUGUUUGAGUUUAGCUGUAACAAAACCAAACAGUCAAUGUACCUUCUCUCCUGUUGGUCCUUCUGCUAAUGAAGUAUUCUUUGAUAAUUCAAAUGAACUCAAAUAUGCCAGUCAAUUUACAUUUGAAACUGAGCAGCCUAAUGUUCCAGUCAGACCAACUGCUCCUAAACCUCAGAGUCCUAGCACUGAAAAGGUUAAACACAAUAUUACUUUCUAUUGUCCAAAUCAACAUAGUACCUUGUCACUUAGCUCUAUGGACAGUGAUGGACGAACUGAAGGAAUUAUCUCAAAAGUUGGAAAAUCUCCAGUAUCGUUUCAGGAUCUGGUGCAAACAGUUUUCUAUGAUGACGGUAAUGAAGAUAGUGGGAUAAGCAGCCAUUCACAACUUAGCUUGAAUGCAACAAUUUCUGGAGUGGAUGAGAAAAAGGAGGUUUCUUCUGAAGACCAGUGGAGGAAGCCAUUGCCUUCCCAGGAAGAAGAAAAGACAGAUGCACAAAAGAUUGGGCAAAAAAAGUGGAAUUCCUGGAAAGGCAGGCAGCGACAGCGACCCCUUUCAGACUAUGGUCAGUUUGCUAACAGGAAGCUUUCCAUCCUGGAGAAUGGUUUUCCUAUUCAGCCUCAAAAAAUUGACCCUGCAGGGAAUGAAGAUGCAACUGAUGUCUCGUGUGUUGACUCCCAGCCACAGAAGUGUGCCAGUGUUCAGCUCCAUAGAAACCAGAAAAGGAGGCCGAUCUCUGUGAUUGGUGGGGUCAGUAUCUAUGGGAAUAAUCACUCCGAAGAAAUGGAGGACCUUCUUACAGUACAACCAAUUACUCGGCCACCUAUUCCUUCACAUCAGGUACCACCAUACAAAGCAGUGUCAGCCAGACUUCGACCUUUCACUUUCUCUCAAAGCACACCUAUUGGCUUAGAUCGGGUUGGGCGUAGACGGCAGUUGAGAACAUCAAAUCUUUCUGCUGAUGGAGGCACAGAGUCUUCUGCACUCGGUGAUGACAAUGGCAGUGAGGAAGAUUUUGUAUAUGAGGAAAUACGCCAUGCAAAUCCCAGAUACCUCCAGCCUGGUGGAGAACAGCUUGCUAUUAAUGAGCUGAUAAGUGAUGGCCACAUUGUCUAUGCAGAGGCAUUAUGGGAUCAUGUUACCAUGGACGAUCAGGAACUUGGAUUCAAAGCCGGAGAAGUCAUCCGAGUGCUUGAUGCCUCCAACAAGGAAUGGUGGUGGGGCAUGAUUGAAGACAAAGAAGCCUGGUUUCCUGCUAGCUUUGUUCGACUACGGGUGAACCAGGAAGAUGCUGUAGGUGAAAGCACUGGAAAGCUUCCAAAUGAGCAACUGGAUGCCAGCUGCAAUAAACAUCGCCUUCUCAAAAAUGCAGAGAACCAGGAGCAGAUGCGAACAAAUGUUAUCCAAGAGAUCAUGAACACCGAAAGGGUCUAUAUCAAGCAUCUGAAAGACAUCUGUGAGGGAUACAUUCGUCAGUGUCGCAAACAUACGGGAAUGUUUGCUGAAGCACAGUUAAAUAUAAUAUUUGGGAACAUUGAAGAGAUUUACAAAUUCCAAAGGAAAUUUUUGAAGGACUUGGAGAAACUAUUCAACAAAGAUGAGCCUCACCUGAGUGAAAUUGGAUCCUGUUUCCUUCAACACCAAGAAGGGUUUGGAAUAUAUUCUGAAUAUUGCAACAAUCAUCCUAGUGCAUGUGUUGAACUUGCCAGACUAAUGAAACAGAGCAAAUAUCGACACUUUUUUGAGGCCUGUCGACUGCUUCAACAGAUGAUUGACAUCGCCAUCGAUGGCUUUCUUCUUACUCCAGUCCAGAAGAUCUGCAAAUACCCACUACAACUUGCUGAGUUGCUCAAAUACACUACCCCAGAUCACAGUGAUUUCAAAAACAUCAGUGCUGCAUAUGAAGCCAUGAAGAAUGUAGCAUGCCUGAUUAAUGAACGCAAAAGACGAUUAGAAAGUAUAAACAAGAUCGCUCAGUGGCAAGUGUCCAUUGUGAACUGGGAGGGGCAAGAUGUUUUAACUAGAAGUUCAGAAUUGAUCCAUUCCGGAGAGUUGACUAAAAUCUCAGGCCAAGGAAAGAGCCAACAGAGAACGUUUUUUCUGUUUGACCAUCAAUUGUUUUUCUGUAAAAAAGACUUGUUGAGACGAGAUAUGUUGUACUAUAAAGGACAUAUUGAUAUGGAUGAGAUAAAAGUACUGGACAUAGAAGAUGGUAAAGACAAGGAUUUUAACAUUAAUGUAAAAAAUGCCUUCAAACUGAGAAAUAAAGAGGAAGUCUACCUAUUCUGUGCCAAAAAGCCAGAAGACAAACAGCGAUGGCUCCAAGCAUGUUUAGGUGAAAGAAAAAGGGUGGAAGAAGACAAAGAAAUGGGAUUUGUAAUACCAGAAAAUCAGAAGAAACAAGCAAUGUUAAAUGCCAAAAAAUCCAGGCAUGGGAAGAUGAAAGGGGUGAGUUAUAGUGGAUUUUCAGUUCCUCCUCCACAUCAAUCUCUGCAUCCACUCCACCAGCGACACAUCACUGUGCCUACCAGCCUCCCUCAGCAACAGGUGUUUGCAUUGGCUGAACCCAAACGUAAACCUUCUCCCUUCUGGCACAGCUUUACCAAGUUGACGCCCUUUAAGAGAUGAAAAUACAUGGUUACCAUAAGGAGAAAAAUCUAAGAAAAUCACUGUGGAGAUCAAAGGUUCUGGGAAAGCUUCCAGCUUUGAGUAGUUGAACAAUAAAAGCCAUCAAUUAUGAAUGUUACACCGUAUUUCUACUCUCCAAGUAGCUCAAUUGAGGCCUUUCUGACAUCUGUAUCAGCCAGGCAAUGAAAAUAAUACAACUGUGAGACAAACAGUUACAAAAAGCUGCAGUUUCAAAAUGUACUCUGGUGAAUUUGUAAGUUAUUGUCACCGGCUAUUUUACAGAUGAUGAGUACAUUAUUUUCAAUAGCUGUGAAUGAUGCUGUUAUUGAGAACAGUUACCAGUAUUCUAUCACAUUGGGUCUCUUCAUUCCUCUCUGUACAUUUGUACUAGAUAUUUUAGUUAAUCAUUGACCCCUUUGCCUUGAGAUUUUAUGGAACAGUGACAAAAUUCAAAUUCGCAUGUACCCAGUUGAGACAAAUCACAAAUGUGAUUAUAUUACAAAGUUGUUCAAAAAAAAGCACACUAUUGAAUACAAGGUGAUACUGGUUGGUACAUAGACAUUUUAAGCAAGCAAAUGUUUUGAAACAUGAAAUGUAAGAAGCACAUUGUAUAUUUUGCGGUUGGAAUUAUAAGGGGUUCCAUAUUAAUAUGAAAAGACAGAAAUAUAAGCAAAAUGUUUUUUAUAAUAGUGUCUGAUAUGUGCUUUAAAUGCCGAUGCCUGCAGAUGAAUGUUCCUUCAUUGCAACAGAAACACCAUCAUCUUGUGCUCAAAAGGGAAAUCAAACUUUUUUUUGUAUCUGAUCAGUAUUUUAGCCUGCCAAGGCCUUAAAUUUCCUUGUUUACUUGUAUUAGAAUAGCACAAUAGGACUUCUUUUUUCAUUUUGCAUAUGGCAUUAAAUUCACAGUGUUGAUCAAGAGUAACUUUAAUUCUCAGCACUCCAAAUGAAAAUUACCAAAACAAACAUACAGGACUCAGUGCUUUUGUUUUUAUUUGCUAUUUAUGGCAUGGACUGUGAGCCCCCAAACCAAACUACUGUGUCAUCAGUUCUUAGUAGAAUGUUUCUUAGUGAAUACAAUAAUUACUUAUGGAAUUGCUUCAUGUUUCCAGGAAUGGCAUACAGCCCUAGAUAAGCACGAUGUUUUGCCAAUGUGUCAGAAUUGUGAUUUUUUUUUUUGCAUCCAUUUUAAGUCUUGCCUUUAAACUGUACUGUAAAAUAAUAACAGCCUUUUUGUUUUGUUACUGUUGGAAAAUUUGUAUGAAGGAUGUCAUAAAAUCUAAUAGGAUUUAAAAAUGUUUAUUUAUAACCAAAACAGUUUGGAAACAGUUACCUUUAAAUUACAAAGGAAACCAGCUGUUGGGGAAAUGUUACUGGCAAACUGCAGUGCAGCUUUUGUGAACCAAAGAACAUUAGCCAUAGUAACUAGCUAUUAUUCAAUAUUACAUUACUCCCCCUCUCAUUUUGCAGGCUUUGAAAAUAUCCAGUAAAUGGAUAUUUCCAAAUUAUCUGUAAUACAUGGGUUGCUUUGUAUAUACUGAUGAUUUACAUGUCUUGAUAUUUUUACUGAAACUGGUUUUUCUUUCAUGACAUUUACCACCUCAUAUAAUAGUGAUGUCUGGUGUAUACUGUUACAUUUCUGAGCAGUCUUAUGAGCAGAUGACCGCUUCAAAACAAUUUAAUUGGCUGCUGUACAAUAUUGUUAUCUCAAGCAUAUAUGUACAUAACUAAUGUAACUAUUUUUUGUAGAUUAGUUUUUAUUAUGUUGCAGUAAGUGAUUUAUCUGCUGUUAAUGUAAAAAAUAAUUGCUCAGAAGUCAUUUAUUUUGGUGAAAUAAACAUGAUUUUCUCAUUCCAAA